AAUGUAUAUAGUAUGCACUAUGUAAGGCAAUAACACUAAUCAUGGCUUCGUUAUGUAUUUAGCAGGAAUAUCAAUUUUGGUUUUAUCUACACAGAUCUGGCAACCACGCCUUACUGUCUCUUCUUCCGUUGUGUGGUUGUCCUGGCAUAAAACAACGCAAUCCUUGUCUUUUGGCAAAGUGUGUAGUAAUAAAAACCCCGCUUUUCCAUUCCUGCUGAACUGACACGCUGAAUAUUAGAGGUGACGGAAACUUCUCGGUUUGGAAUCGGUUGUGUAUUUAUGUAAAUGAGAUGGACAACAUGUCCAGCGGUGUCGCUCUUCAAAAGCAAAUAGCAACGAUCAUGGACGAGCUCGCUAAAGCCGCGGUGGCUGAAAUAAGCAAAGUGGUGGACGAUGGCGUCGUUAUGUUACGGCUGGAGAUCUGCGAGCGCGAGCACGAGAUCGACUCGUUAAAGCGGAAUCUGCAGAUGGUGUCCGAGGAGCUGCGCGAGACGCGGCGCGCGCUCGUCCGCCAGUGUGUGAGCGCCGCGCGCCCCAGACCGCCGCUCAAAGGUGCCAAAGAAAAUGAUCAAAGAGACGAAGAAAGGGAGCCUGAGAUUGAGGACUCAGACAGGCCAAGUGACGACGCAUCAGCAUCCAGAGUGGUUGUAAAGCUUGAAAGCAUGGAUGACGAGCAGGCGGUAGAAGAUGGAAACCAGUGCACGAGAACAGAACCUGACUUACACUCCGGGUCUGCUGAUGAUGACCAACUGGCCCAGGUGUGGUCAUCAGAGAACAACACGGAGAUGCAUGACCCUCAUUUCUAUUCCAAACACGAUCAAUCUCAGCACGAGUCGGAACAUUGCUCUAAGGUCGAGCAGAAUUACGACUCGCUCGGGAGCAGAGUGGAGACACAGGGCCUGAGUGGAGAAGAGGAGCUGUCGGCGGAUAGCCUGCAUGCAGUUACAGAUGACUUGCUGAGAGCGCAGCCACGUUCUCACACGCACAACGCGCUUGUGCACCCACCUCCCGAUUGUCAAGGUGAUUUCGGUACAUUUGCACUGAGCAUAGCUUCCAGAGGGAGACCAACGGUUGGGGCAGCCUCGCAGAAGAGAAGAUUCGCCUGUGCCUUUUGCAGCAAGAGCUUCGAUCGACUCAGUCAUCUUGAUAGACAUCAGCGCAUACACACAGGAGAAAAACCCUUCAGCUGCAUGUUAUGUGGCCGGUGCUUCACCCAGAAAAGCAGCUUAAAAAGUCACCUGAAGACCCACCGAGGAUUCACUGGCGAUUUAGACGCAGCAUCUUUGUUGCCGAGUGAAAACAAUCUCUUCACUGAUGAGUGGAAUAUGGCAACUCACUGUGAAGAGCAGAUCGCACACAACUUUGACCAAAACACUGAAGAACCGAAUUCACACUCGUCCUACCUGAGCCAAGAUGGAGCUCACUUCAUAAACACAGAUGAAGAAAGCAUGCACCAAGCGUACGAAGAUCAAAAGAUUAGAAACUUGCCUGCAGGAAAAAACAACAAGCCAGCUGAUCUACCUGACCUAUAUGAGAAGAAUGGGCAGGAAGAGGAGGAUGACGAAGAUCAGGUGUUAUCCGAUUGUCGGCUGGACGAGCCUAGGCACUCUGGAUCUGAGAGUGCCCUGGAUGAGGAGGAUGCUCAGGCACACUCCUUGAACGCAGCAAGCCUCGGGAAAGACUCGAUGGAGUCUGACUGCGUUAGCAUAACCGAGCAAACCUCAGCUCAAAACCAACGCCGGUUAGAAUCUACCUCGACAGUCCUACACACUUGGGGGGUCUCCGAGGCCAAAAGUGUUGCUGUGAACCAAAUUCAUGUGAAAGAGGAGGAAGAGUAUGCUUCCCGCUUGGAUGAAGAAGAGUCCAAACCGAAUCCAGAGGCUUCCUAUGACCCGAACACAGCAUCACCUUUAGAUCAGAACUUGACCGCAGAUGCUCUCAGGACCACAGAGACUGCAGCGGUGCCUGAUUUUCCAUAUGACACAUUACCUCGGAGGCGGCAUAUUUUGAACGGACGUGAGAGGCGCUUCCUGUGCGUUCUCUGUGGUAAGAGUUUCGACCGUCUGAGCCACCUGGACCGGCAUCAGCGUGUGCAUACCGGAGAGAAGCCCUACAGCUGUGGGACAUGUGGCAGGAGUUUCACUCAGAAAAGCAGCCUGAAGGGUCAUAUGCGAACUCACACCGGCGAACGCGGCUUCAGCUGCUCGCUGUGUGGCAUGAGCUUCCCCACACGAGCCAGUCGCUACCGGCACCACUGUAACUAACCAUGACCUGUGUCUUACAGCUAAUCUCGAAGUUCCGGCUGUAUGAACUAAACAGUGCAGACUUUGCUGGAAAAAUGCUCUUAGGAAGAAUCUUAUAACUCAUUAGCUUUGUACGUAUUUAUGCACAUUGAUACAGCUGUUUUCCUCUGUAAUAGACCACAUUUACUGUAAAAUAAAUUACAUUUCAGAUAUUAAUCAUGUGCAAACCAACAACCUGCAUUGAAGGGUUACACAAAGUAUUUCUAUUUUUUGGGAAACGCUACAUCACGGACAAUUUUGAAAGUUUACAACCAUUUUAAAAUGACACAUUUUAAUGAUGACUUUACCACAAGGACCAAUUUUAAAUGAUUUUGUGUUUACUGUUAAUGUGAAAGCCUGGUGAUGCGAUACAUAUCCAAAAAGAAUGUGCUGCUCUCUGAUGCCAAUGAGAUCCCUGGAGUUGUUACACUGAUGUAAAAAUCAUGAUUACAGACAACAGUGUCAGAACUGCAAAACAUAUAAUUAUGGACACAGACUUGCCUUAACCAAGCAUAAGCUCAACGUGCCCUGACUAGCCCUGGAGAAACACUUUUCUCGCCAUAUUUCUUGGCAUAAAAUAUGAGAAAUACACUCAAUCAGGCAACAUGAAGAGGAAGUGUAUGCAGUGGGAUUUUUGCUGUGUAAGCUGUAUCAAAUCAAAUGUCCAUUUAUCAUUCGUUUAUAGGCAGAGAUCAUUUUCUGUGGCUGUUAGAAGCCAAGGUGGAGGUCAGUGUUUUCAGGGCUUAUUCCCCAGAUAAAACUGGGAUGGCAUGAAACAUCCAUUGGUUUUGAUCUUGGUAUAUUAUUUUUUUGUGCUUUGUCUUUAUAUAAACCAUAAUAAUUAUGAACAUAUAUCUAUUUAUCAUAGAUUGGGCUGCAGAAUAUGUACUGUCAAUUUUCACUAAACAUGUUGUCAGGUCUUAGCAGCCAAACCCGUUUAACGUCUUCAUUUUUGGUGGGAAUUUAGUGUAGAGAGAGAUUUCGUCCAUUAGGAAUAGGAUUUCUAGCUAAUUGUCAGGAUUGGACAGGAAUACAGUAUAUGUCAUUUUGGUGCUGUAAUCACAUGUUUCAUGGUGUGUAUUUUUCAUUACUGGAAAGCUGGAAACAUGCUAUGAGCCAUCAGAAAACUGAGAACAAGACUGGUCAUUGUUGUAAUAGUUUCUCUGCAGAUUCUAUUAAAUCAUGAAUUGCUAAUGUAUAACAGUUUGUUUUAUUUUGC